AUGGAAAUCGAAUGUCCAGAAUGUCAUUCGACGAAAAAGCGAAAUCCCAAGAUGAAAUUGAUGGUCAGCAAAUGUGGACAUUCAUUAUGUGAAACUUGCGUCGAAAAUAAGUUCAGUAAAGGAACAGGCUUUUGUCCUACUUGUAAAACUGAUUUGAAAAAGAAUGGAUUUCGUUAUCAAAUAUUCGAAGAUCCAUUUGUAGAAUUGGAAAUUGAUAUUCGAAAAAGACUUUUGAAAGAUUUUAANAGCUUAAUUAAGAAUCAACCAAAAAAAUCACCGAGAGAAUAUCAUAUCUAUAAUCUUGAUGGUCGAGAUUUUCUACAAACAAUUGCAUUACCUCAAAUCGAAAUCUGUCAGAAGGAAAGUUUGAAUCUGUCGGAGAAUAUGGCAUUGAAUAAGAAAAUUGUUAUUCUUAUGAACUUACCUGAGCUUGCGCUAACAUUUUUGGACGUUGUUUCCGAAUGGCUAUCAAGAGAUGUUGAAGAAAAACAACAAUGGAUAGUACCAAUUCAUAUCUUUUGUUACACAUUUUCUAGAGCGGAUGAUCGUAUUGAAGACGUCCGAGUUCGUUUGAAAACGAUUAUGCCGAAUGUGAAUGAUGAUCUUGUAUCUUGUCGAUUCAUGUCUUCGUUGAAUUUAAUCAAAACAAUUCUUAUCGAAGGGAAUAUUGGUGUUGGCAAAUCAACGAUUAUGUCUUAUAUUGCAUCGAAAUAUCCAUCGAAUCUUGUUCAAGUUCAUUGUGAACCUGUUGAGAACUGGAUGAAUAUCAAAGGUUUUGAUCUUCUCAAUGCUCUGUACACGGAAAGUACUCGAUGGACAUUUACAUUCGAAUUAACUGCACUUCUCUCACGAAUUCGAAACCAUAUGAAUUCACGAUCGAGUCAUCAUAUAAAUAUCUACGAACGUUCGAUUUUGAGUUGUUUCAACGUAUUUAUCGACCACGAUCGUGAACAAAACUAUUUAAAUGACGUUGAAUAUCGUAUUCUUCAGGAUCAUUACGAAUACGGUUUGGAAAAAACAAUCGAUCUGUCAUCAACAGCUAUAUUAUACUUCGAUUUAUCACCUAAACAAUGUUAUGAACGAAUUGUUAAACGAUCGAGACAAUCCGAAUCAUCGGUCGACUUAAAACGUCUCGAAGAACUUAAACAUCAUUACGACAAAUUCAUAAAAAACUUCAAUAUGUGUCCUGUGAAGAUCAUCGAUGCAUCACAAACGAUUGAGCGAACAUGUGAACAAAUUGAUAUCUUAUUAAAUGAAAUGAUUACGCCAAACUCAAGUCAAUAA